AUUACAAGCAGGAAAGAUAAUAAUAACCCUUUGUGAUAAUAAUACUCCAUUAUAUCAAUUUUAUGAUUAUGUAAGCACCGCAUAUUACACAGUCCUAAAACAUGUCCAAGACUAACGCCUAAGUAAUGUCUGUUACUGUAAAAAUCUUAUUUUUCGCCAAAUCCAGAGAAAUUGUGGGCCAAACAUCUGCAUCCCUUGAACUACCAACACAUAUUUCAUACGUUGAUUUAUUACAGAAAAUAGUGGAAGAGUUUUCGUUGAACGACAUCAAGCAUAGCGUUAUUUUAUCCCUUAACGAGGAAUUUUGCCACAGUGAAGACACAAUUAACUUGAAGAACGGAGACGAAAUUGCAGUAAUUCCACCUCUAAGCGGCGGCUAA